GUGUGGAAUAUCGCAAAAGAUAAUUUUGUCAUGCACAAUUCUUUUUCUUUAUACAUCUUAUUCCAACUAUUUUGAGCAUACGAACUACUCGGAUUUUGAAGUUUGUAAUUUGUGUUCUCUUUCUCUCUCUUUCCUUAUUAUUUUUGUCCCCACCUAUAUAUACAUUUUAGUUGUUUUGGUCUUCCUAACCUCUGAUUUAAAUGUGGUUCUACUAGUAUACAGUGUGUGUUGAAAAUGUACAUAGUUUGUAUUUUUCUUCGAAAUAAUUAUCAACAGAAAUUAUACAUCAAGAAGUAAAGUGUUUAUAAAUUAGCUUUGUGUAACAAUAUAAAGGAAAGACCGUUACAAAAUGUUGAGUGCGAUUUUAAAGCAUCCUGUUAUUCUUAAAACCUUAAUAGCUGAAAUGCAACCAAUUCACAGGAUAGCACGAAGAUAUUUUAAAUACAAUACGAAUAUAUUUUUAGCAGGAACAGCUGCUAAAACAUGUCUAGCAAGUAAAAGAUUUUUUGCUGGAUCAGCAUGUUCAGCAAGUUUUCUCAAGGCAGACAAAUUACCAAAAAAUUUAACACAACAUCGACAAAUGUCAUUUGAUGUAAAUCUCAAUGUACAGAACAAUGUAAUUUUAUACAAAUAUGAAAACAAGAAUUAUUUUCGGAAUAUGCGAAUUUUUAUAAUUGGACAGCUAAUUGGUUGGUCUGUAUUGGCUGUGUAUUCAUAUACACCGAAGUUCUUUGAUAUAUUUACCACUGACAAAACAUUCUUAGAAUAUAUAAGAGAAAAUGGAUUGCGGCUCGGCCUUUUCUGGUUAUCACUUACGAUAGGUAUUGGUAUGUAUCUUAUGAUUCAUCUUCUCUUAUCCCGUACUAUUAAGUAUAUCAUCUUAAAUAAAGGUGGUAAAACAAUUUCACUUGUCACUUACAAUUUCUGGAAGAAGGACAGUGUCAUAACAGUACCAACAGGAACGGUAAGAAGCUAUGGACAUAGAACAGAUAUUGGAAUGCAGUUAGCAAUCAAGGUGCAAGAGAAAUGGUUCUUCUAUCUGGCUGAUAAAAAAGGCACAUUUGUAAAUCCAAAACUUUUCGAUUUUGUAAUGGGAUAAAUUAUGUGAGAAAUUUAUAUAUAAAAAAAUAAAAAUGUUAAUAUUGUUAGUACAACCAAAAUAGAUUAAGUUGAUUAGAUAAAUUAAGAUUAAGUAGAUUAAGCUGUUAUAUACUUUUAUGUAUAAAAAUAUACAUAACAAUGUGUGCAUA